UGGAUAUGGUCGAAGGAGUCCGUGGAAAAGGCAUAUAAAAACCAAUUCAUUCAAGCUUACAGAAGCAGUUAUUUUGAGUUCCUUUUCACCGAAAGUUGAGUCUAGCAGCCACUUUCAAUUUCAGAACUAAACAUGAAAGCAUCUCUGGCUCUUGCUUUGAUUUCGGCUCUCAGUGCCCUAGUAACUGGUCAAACAGCUGGGACAGCUUAUCCAUUUUAUCAGAAAAAUGGACAGAUAUUCACUUUACAGUCAACAACUCCGACUCCCCACACUUCUACAAUGGUAUCCUUGUCUCCUCAAACAUCUGUAAGCGUUCAACAUACGAUUGUUCGAAACAGGCCUGCCUAUCCCUAUCCAUAUACAGAAACUACUCUGCAAUCGGAUGGAUCAGAAGACUCAAGCUAUUACUAUACUUAUGAAGAUACCUCAGAAGAAAGUAACGAUAAGUAUACAACAACUCCUGUACCUACAACUUCCACCGCCAAAUCCACGGUCAGAAGUUUCUGGAACAGUCAAAAGGCACAGUUAGAUGCAAGAAGGAAAGAAAAUUCCCAAAAACUUUUACCUACUUACAACAGACCAACGCCUAAAGCCGAAAGCAAACCAAAGGUUGAAUUCAAGAUUAGAGAAAAACCCAAGUUUGGACUAGCUAACAGAAACAAAGAAUUAACUACAACUCCAGCUUCCGGCGAUGAGUAUACUUCUCAGGUCCAAACUACAACACAAAAGUCAGUGAAAAAUAAUAACGUUGAAGCAAAUUUGGCUAUUGAGAAGAGUCCUAUGAAAGAUGAUUCCAACAAGGUUCAAGAAAAAGGCACCAACCCAAACCAGAUUGUUGGCCGUAUCGGAGAAAUUCCAGUUUCAAACAAAUUUUCUACCCAAAUACAGCCUUCCGUUCAAGCUCAAAACAAGAAAGUUAACAGAUUUGGCGCAUCAAGGCAAAGCAAAUUUGAUGAAUCUGUUGCUACCAGUAAACUUGCUGAAAGUAUUGCAAAACUUCAACAGCCUGCAUUAAAAGAUGCCUUGAAUUCCCUAGCAGCAUUAGCAAGUAACAAAAAUCAGCAACCUGCUUUAUCCCCAGAGCAAUUUUUGAUGAAUCUCAACAAACAACAACUGCCACUUUCAAGCAAUAAACAGCAAUCUUCUGUUAACCAACAAUUCUUAACCAGCAACUUGCAGGGUCUUCUUAACAGUAAACAAAAUCAACAGCAGCUUCCAAACACCAAUCAACAAUCCCUCUUGUCACUUUUUCUGAAUAAUCAGCAGACAAGCAAACCUAAUGCCUUUGUCGUAACUAGCCCUGCAGUCGACACCGCUGCUAGAUCUUCAGAAGCUUUAAUCGACAGCACUGCGGGAUCUGGCUUUUUAUCUAGACUAGGAGCUCUGGCUCUUGGUGGUGGAGGGGAUGGUCUUCUUCUAGAAAGGGAUGGUGGCUAUGGUGGAGGAAAUGGUCUAACCUUUAACCUUGGACCAGUUCCUGAUCCUUUGACCAUCCUCUUGAAGCUGCUUUCUUUAAUCCCUCGUCCGCUAUUAGAUCUUAAUGGAAGAAUAUUCUUUGGCAUUGAGUUAGGUAAAAAUGCGGGACUUGUUUCCGGAGCAGUUCCCAAGCCAGGAAUAAAACCAAUUGGUUAAGUUAAAAUUGCAACAAUUUUGACAGGUUGAAAGAUAAUUAAAAUCGAAGCAAUUAUAAUCGAAUUGUGAUACGAGAAAUUUAAGAUGAAAAUAUUAUUUUUAUUUUAGACGAUUAGGGUUUUUUUUUCAACCGUUAACUAUUAAAAUUAUUUUUCUUUUAUUUAUGGGAAAAAUAAGUUUUAAAUAAUUUUCAUGAACGAAGAUUACGAAGAAAAUAAUCAACCAAUGUAUAUAAUUUGUAUAUUUAUUAAUAGUGUAGAUUCAUAUUUUUGUAAAAUUUAUUCAGAGGCAUUUUACAACUUGUAUAUUAGGUAAUGUAUUUUUGUAUAAAUAGUUCGUUUG